ACCAAGUGGACCAACUAGUGAUAUGACCGCGUGGACAUCCGCUGGCCUGCAGCCCACGACCGGAUACUACCCGUACGAUCCCACACUGGCGGCCUAUGGAUAUGGCGCUGGUUAUGAUUUAGCGGCACGCAGAAAGAAUGCAACCCGCGAGUCCACCGCGACGCUGAAGGCGUGGCUCAACGAGCACAAGAAGAACCCCUACCCGACCAAGGGUGAGAAAAUUAUGCUAGCCAUCAUUACCAAGAUGACACUGACGCAGGUGUCCACCUGGUUUGCCAAUGCCCGGCGGCGGCUGAAAAAGGAGAACAAGAUGACGUGGGAGCCCAAGAAUAAGACAGACGACGACGAUGAUGCGAUGGUGUCAGACGACGAGAAGGAUAAGGACGACAUGGAUCCGGACAAGAGUCGUGAUCAUAAAGACAUGCAUCACCACGUGAAAGCCGAGCACGACAAGGACGAUGACGAUGAUGAUCUCACCGACGACGAACGGAAGCCGGAAAACUUAUUAGGGCAUCCGGGACAUCUGGGGCAGCACCAUCCGUACUACCACCAUUCGAUGCUCGGGGGACACCACCACCAUGCAGGACUCAAAUCAGAAAUGGACCAUCCAAAAAACCAAACGGGCAGCGACUGUGGAGUGCCGAUUCCAGCCUCAAAGCCGAAAAUUUGGAGUCUGGCAGACACAGCCGCUUGCAAAACCCCACCACCACAGGCACUACACAGCUCCUGGAUGACCGGCGGCUAUCACCCAGGGCAGCACCACCAACAGCAACAGCACCAUCAACAGCAACACCAUCUGCAGCAGCAACAGCAGCAGCAGCAGCACCUCCAACAGCAGCAUCAGCAACAGCACCAACACCAACAGCAUACGGGCAGUGGGAUGAUGAUGGGCGGCGGAAGUUCCCCAAUGAGUAUGAAUAUGGCAAAUACGCCGCACAGCCAAGGUAUGGGGACUAUGGGCAGUGGUAUGAUGAACAAUUUCGGGAAUACCCCUUAUUCCCGUUAUGGGGGGUUUCUAACAGGAGCUCAACACUACAAUACUACCCACAACAACAACAGCAGCAGCAGCAACAGUACCAACAGCAAUACGAGUACGGGUCCAGUGACGGAUGCUACAACUCCCACUUUGCAACAACAGCAACAGCAUCAACAACAGCACCCGCAGCAAGGGAUGCAUCCACAGCAGCAGCAACCCCAGCAACCUAUGAACAGCAACAAUUCCCAGUCGAUGGGGUUUCCCGAGGUCCAGACAGACACCCCACCUCAAACCCCACCGAAUAUGAAACUACCCAGCGUGGCGGGGAAUCUGCUUACAACCACCUCAGCAACCCCUACGACAGGUACCUGCUAUAAUGCGGCGGUCAAUAAUGGUUCUGGCAAUAACAAUAACAACAACAACCUCACUCCAAACAACAACAAUCUAAACCAAUCGAAUGGUUAUGCGUCGUCUCCGGAAUCGAUGGGACAGGCCAAUCAGCAAGGACAGCAAAACAACUACUAUCGGAUGCAAUCAAAUUCACCGCAAAAAUCCCAGCAAGAUUACACUCAGCAAAUGCUGCAUCAGCAAGAUGGUUUCAAACCGUUCUUCAAAAACACAUCACAAGUUGGCAACGGUUUCGUUUCCCCGGUUUGAACGGCAAAAGCAACAACAGCGUACGCAACAUUCAGAAGAUUAGAGAAAGAGCUGAGAGAUUUGGCGUGAAUACCACCGCUCGGCAUCCUCAGUUGGUCGCAUAAUUCCCCGCCACAUACAAAACACGAGCUUUUAGGUUUUCCGGUCUCUACACAAGCACACAAUACAACUACUGAGGCGUCACACUUUUGGCUGCUAUGGACCAGGACAAAAGCAUUGAAAGAUCGACAUUAUGCAAUGCAUUGCUGAGAGGCCCGUAUGGAUGAUGCACCCCCCCACUGAACGACCAACGGAACAUUAUGGAACCAACCUAAACAUUGCACUGGAAAACCACGUGCCCAAUGCGACAUACCGGUGCUAGUGCAACGUAUUUGGAUGCAACAACUUUCCAUCGCGAAACUGUUUUUGCUUUCGACGGCCACCACCCCUUUUUUUCUCUUCAACUACGCUGGGUGAUGGGUCGGUUAUGCAUCCUCUCACGGCCGGAGCGAAACAUUUACUAAAACUAUGUGCGAGAACUAUUUCCUUCGACUAAUGCUGUUUGCUGCUACCACUACCACCUCUAGGAGACGUGACCCGAUCGCUGAGAAAAACCCAAAUCAGUCGUAUACGAGAACGAAAAGCGAAUUUUGUGUAAAUUGCUGUAGAUUAGUAUGUCUUUGGACAAAAUUAAUGAAUCGCAUUAAGGUUAGCUUUUCUAUCCCUGUACUGGAAACUGGGCUAUGUGCAACAAAACAAUGUGUUAAACGGAAAGCUAGACAUUUGUUCCCAUUUGAUGUAUGAAAUCACUUUCUGCUGGUAGUGUUUCAUUUUACCGGUAUCCACCUUAGAAUCGAAGAAGAAAAUUUUUCUAAAUUUAAGUACGAAUAUUUGUUUUCUCUUAUGACGCUACGUGCAAUUUUUCUGUAUUUUCUGCUUUCGGUUAGGACAGUGCACAUUGAAUGCACUGAUAUCGCAAGCUAUGUAAUGCAAAAGAAGCAAACCUAUUGUUUUUAAAUUUCGGCCAACCUGUAUUAUAUUUCAUCUAAAGUAAAAUCGAAACAAAAUGUUGAGAAACGCAUUUGUAAUCUGUGAUAACGAAAAAGUAUAUAAAAAUAUUAAACAUAUUUAACACUUUAUCUUAAGAACCUUCUGAAAGCUUCUUUUAGUUUGUAUUUAGCGAAAAAUCUUUCUUUGGCAUAAUUUUAAUUUCUUUCGUGCACUCACUCAUGAGUUCCAUCUCCUAUCAAAAUAUGUAAGUGAAAUCAAACCGUUGGAACCAUUUCCGUACAACUUUGUUGAUAUUUUGUAUAAAUGUAUUGAAUAUUCGACAGCAGCGCGAAAAGCAGUGAGAAAAGCAAUGAUUAGUACCUCUCCCUAAGGCACUUCAAAGCAGCAUCAGUUCAGCAUUACAGCUUUUCCACAUGCAAUCAUUAAAAAACAGCAUAAUGGAGUACCACAUCCAUAAGCUUGUAUAAAUUUUACAUAGUUAAAACCAUUGACAAUGAACAGCAAAGUAUUGUACAGAACUUGUUUAAGAUCUUUCCACUAGGCAAAAUAUCAUCAGAAGUAGCAGUUGGGUAAGCUAUUCACGUGUAACGAAAUUUUGUACAUAGCCACCCUCACAUUGAUUAUCACCAUAAUGGUUAAGGAAGUUCGUGAAGACCUAAACUGUCAGAAUUAUCCAUUCAUACUUAAUUUCCAUUUGUGUGAACUUAGCAAAUGCAGCACAAAAUCAGACAGAAAAAAAAACUUUCGUCUCUAUAGCCACAUUUUGAGAAAACAAAAUCAUAAUUACAACCAUUGUACUACUUGAUACACAACAAUUAUUGACUUGUAAACACGAGAACAAAUACAAACACACAAAUGUAAAUGUAUUCCGAAAGGAAUAAAAUAUAAUUUCCAGCAAUUAUCACUAUUGGUAUGGAAGUGUAGAGAAAAUGGUGUUUGCUCGCAAAACAUUGGAAAACAUAACAAAAAAAUGGAAUGAAUUAUCAUUAUCAUUCGCUAGCGAUAAUAGCAAGAACUGGAUGUAGACACUUACAUCUUUCAAAAUAGUUAUGACAACAAAAAGUGGAUAAACUUAUAUAGUGAGGUAAAGCAUACAGAAAAUCAGAAAACAUUAUAAAUUAUAUAUAUUUAAACGAAAUCAUUAGGAAAAUAGAAAUAAUAAUAAAACAAUAAA